UUGUGGGGAAAUGGAUACACAUUUAUAAAUUCACACAUGUCAUGGACGGUAGACAAGGACAUUCGAAGGUAUUUUUAUGUUUUUUUUUUUUUUUGUUGAGCUUUUUGAACCUUUUAACGUUCCGUACAGCAGGUCAUUGGACGCACGGGUAUUUCCACGUCAUCAAACUGAAGACCAAUAAAAACUCACACUUUUGUGCGAGGACCAAUCAAAGCAUGCGUCAUCCGCGGUCCUUUUGCAGGAUGAACGGAACCGGAAGGUUGUUAUAGACAACAUGAGGAAUUUCUUUUCGUAUUUUACACUUAUAGCUAGCAUACAAAUAAAAUGUAAUUGCUUAGUGUUUUAAUCUAGCUAUUAUAUAGUAGCUAAUUAUAUUUUUAUCGAUCAUUGUCAUGAUGAUAUCUUGAACUAGCUGGACUGCAAUAGUCCUCGUUUAACUUUAUCCAGAUUUAAUGUAGAAAAUACCUGCGAUUAAACAAUUUAGUGUAUGUUAAUGUAAAUCAUUAGCUAACUAGUUGUCCAGUUUUAUUAACGGUAGAUUACAUAUCCUUAAAGCUAGCAUGGAUAAACGGAAUAAGUCAUUGCAUACUAUGGAUUCCUGUGAUUCGGAAAACCUGCCGAUUUCCCAGCACAAGGAAAAACUUGUUCAAGCAGUCCAAGUCAACUCGUUCUUGGUUGUUACGGGCGAGACUGGCAGUGGGAAAACCACUCAGCUUCCGCAAUACUUGUACCGAGCAGGUUUUGGGAAGAAUGGUAAGAUUGGUGUGACCCAGCCACGCAGAGUGGCAGCUAUUACCGUUGCUCAGAGAGUCUCCCAGGAGGUGGGCUGUUCUCUCGGGAGAGAAGUGGGGUACCAGGUGCGCUUUGAUGACUGCUCCACUCAGGACACAGUCGUGAAGUACAUGACAGAUGGCUGCCUGCUGAGGGAGAUUCUGGCCGACCCCAGUCUUACGCAGUACAGCGUGGUGAUCCUGGAUGAAGCUCAUGAAAGAAGCUUAAACACAGACAUCCUGCUGGGCCUCCUGAAGAGGAAGGUGCUGCAGGCCCGGGGGGGGUCUUCCUCCGGCCGCUCCGCCCCGCUGAAGGUGGUGGUGAUGUCGGCCACGCUCGAGACGGACAAGCUGUCCGCCUUCCUCGGGGACUGCCCCGUCUUCGCCAUCCCCGGACGGACGUUCCCCGUGGCUGAGCGAUUCUGCGGCUUGAUCGGCCCCAAAGACACCGACAGCACGGUCUACGUGCAGGAGGUUGUGAAGGUGGCUCUGGAUCUGCACACAAGUGAGCGGGCCGGAGACAUACUGGUGUUUCUUACAGGACAGUCCGAGAUCGAGAAGGCCUGUGACAUGCUGUAUGAGAAGGCCGAGGCCAUCGACUACCGCUACGACGUUCAGGACCAGUCUGUUGAAGGCCUGCUGAUCCUGCCCCUUUAUGGCUCCAUGCCAACAGACCAGCAAAGGCAGAUCUUUCAGCCGCCUCCGAAGGGCGUGAGGAAGUGCGUCGUCGCCACCAACAUCGCCGCGACGUCCCUGACGAUUAACGGCAUCAAGUAUAUUGUGGACAGCGGGUUUGUGAAGCAGCUGAAUCAUAAUUCCAGGGUCGGCCUGGACAUUCUAGAAGUUGUGCCCAUUUCAAAGAGCGAGGCACAGCAGAGGGCGGGCAGAGCCGGAAGGACCUCGGCCGGGAAGUGCUUCCGGAUCUACAGCAAGGAAUUCUGGGAGAAGUGCAUGCCGGAGUACACGGUCCCCGAGAUCCAGAGGACCAGUCUCACCGCUGUCAUCCUCACGCUGAAGUGCCUGGGAGUUCAUGAUGUCAUCAGGUUCCCUUAUCUUGACCGGCCUGAAGAGCGGUUCAUCCUGGAGGCCUUGAAACAGCUGUACCAGUGUGAUGCCAUAGACAGGCGAGGUCAUGUGACCAGGCUGGGCCGGCUGAUGGUGGAGUUCCCCCUGCCACCCGGGCUGACUCGAGCCCUGCUGAAGGCUGCCUCUCUGGGCUGUGAAGACCUGCUCCUCCCGGUGGCGGCCAUGCUGUCCGUGGAGAACAUCUUCAUCCGACCAGGCCAGCAGGAGAAGCAGCAGGACGCCCAGAGGGAGCACGUGAAGCUGAUCGCAGAGUCGGGCAGCUGCAAUGACUUCACCGUGCUGCUGAGCGUGUUCGAGAAGUGCAGAGCCAGUGACUCACCGUCUGCAUGGUGCAGGGAUCACUGGAUCCACUGGAGGGCGCUGAAGUCAGCCUUCAGCAUAGAGACACAGCUGCGAGAUAUUCUUCUCAGACUGAAACAGCAGAGAGACUUUCCUGUGGAGAAAUUCGAUGGUAGCCGGAGUGAGAUCUUCAGGAGGUGCCUUUGCACGGGAUACUUCGCUAAUGUGGCCAGAAGGGCAGUGGGAAGAACAUUUUGUACAAUGGAUGGGCAUGGAUCCGUGGUUCACAUUCACCCAGCAUCAGCACUGUUUGAACAGGAGGCCCAGCUUGACUGGAUCAUCUUCCACGACGUGCUGGUGACCUCACGGGUGUACGUGAGGACGGUGUGCCCCGUCCGGUACGAGUGGGUGAAGGACCUGCUGCCCAAACUGCACGAGGUGGACGCGUACGAGCUGAGCAGUGUUGCCAGGGAGGAGGUGACCGAUGAGGAAGUGGCCAAGUGGGAGGCUAAGGAAGCUGCCAAAAGACAAUCAGAGGAGUCUGCGGAGGACGCGCUGAAGAAACUGGAGAGGAGGAACGACGAGGCGUCGGUGUCGGAGGCCCGAGCGCGGUACCUGCAGAGGAAGCGGGAGAGGGGGCACCAGAAAGCGCCCUGACCCUUGGGGGAGCAGUGGGGGGGGGCGACUCUGAGGCUGCUGCUCUCCAGAAACUUUUUUUUUUUUUUUUUUAAAGCGGAGGGGGGCCCUGGAAUGUGGUGCCCUGCAUUCCAGGCUCAGCCCCGACACCGCGGCGUGCGCUAAGUGGAGGGGAAAUUGCAUACUUCACUGGGGAAUGCAGGACCACUUCCUGUCAGGAAAUAAAUCUCCCCCUCGCAGUCCGCCGCGCUGGAAGUGCCCCCUGUGAGCCUGUUACAGAGCAAGGUGCAUGAGCAUCAGAUCGCAGAACACGUGAUGGCGUGCUCCAGACCUGAGUCAAAUACGUGUUUCUUUUGGAUUCAAGUACUUUUCUGUGCUCUGUUGAUCUUGCCUGGUGUAAUUGAGCCUGCCAAUGUGACCAGAAGGUGGGGUUUGUACUUUUUGAGAGUAUUUCAUUGGUUCCAAUACACCAGACAAGAUCAGUAAGGCAUAGAAAAGAAUUUGAAUCCAAGAUGUCCAGAUGAAAGCUGAACUGUACUAAUGCUCACUUUUUAUACUGGAAAUAUGAAACUUUGAAUAAAAUAUUUUUAUAACAUGCAUAAAUGUUAAAUGCAGGUCCACAUUUUCAUGUUGUCAGUUCAUGUUCAGAUGUCAUUUUAAUAAAUAGAAUGGCAAAGCAAGUAUGAGUGAACAUGCCAUUUAAUUUAUAACUGGAUCAACAGUAGACAUUAUAAUUUGAUAUUAAUGUAAGAAGAUAACAGCAUCAUGAAUAUAGAUACAAGAAUGAAUGUGUCAGGUAUCUAUAGUAUGGGAUCAGUUGAGUUUGGCAUUUGCUGAAUUUUAAAUAAACAGGUCCAUGAA